CAAAACCUCAUUAUCGAAAUAUAAAUAGUAACAAUGUUGGACCCUACAAAGUCAGAAAAUUGCUAUGUUCUUGCAAUGCAUGCAAUCAUGUUGCAGAGAGCUGUUUUGCGUAUUAGGUCAGAAAAAAUUGUGUGAAUGAGGCGCCAUGGAAAUCCAUUACAUCUUAACCUGGCUACUGUUGAUUAGUGUACACAGACUAAAAGCAGCUUCAUUUUAUGGAGACAGUUACUUGAACCUGCCUUUUGGGAACAGCAGAGAAGUGGAACUGAAACUGCGGUUUUUAACUUGGCACUCAAAAGGUCUUCUCUUCCUGGCUCAUGGAUCCAUAGACUACCUGUACCUUUACCUACAGGAUGGCCAUCUCCAGAUUAAAGGGGAUUUUGGUUCUGGGUCACUGGCCUGGAAAUCCCACCAGCCAAAGAAUGAUGGUAGUUGGCAUCAUGUUGAGAUCAAGCAGAAUGCACAGUGGAUAACUGUUACCAUUGAUGGAGUAGAGAGUCGGAUUAACAUACCAGGAAAGUUGCACGAACUCAAUGAAAAUGAAGUGUUUGUUGGCGGACUGCCGAAGACUUCAAAUUUUGCGGAGAACUGGUCACAUUACCGUGGCUGCUUGGGAAAUGUAGAGUUUAAUCAGUAUGAUAUUAUUAGCAAUGCACAAAAGUUGGAAAAUUCUGGGGCAGUGAAUCAUGUGUCGUGGGCUUGUACUGAGGAAGUUAAAGCAAACUCAUCUUUAUCAAUCAAUUUUCAAUCCAAUGUCUCUUAUGCUGCCUUUCAUCACCUACCAUUCAAAAAUUCUGGAUCUGUUUCUGUACGGAUCAAAACUUUGACAGAAAAUGGACUUCUGCUGUUCAACCUUGGAAGAAAAACAAGUAGUGAUUUGUUUGCUGUAGAGAUUUUAUCGAAGAAGUUGAAAUUAACGUUAAACAGGGGUGGUGCUAAUGUUGUAUUGAAUUCAGAUUUGAUUAUCAGUGAUGGAAAGUGGCAUUUACUAGUCGUUCUAUGUAAAAAUACAGAGGUGAAAUUUUUAGUGGAUCAUUCUACACAGACAGCAACAUUUGAUGAAACCAACAGAAAUGACUUCGACUUUUCUGGGCAUUUUUUCUUAGGAGGACUAACAUCUCAUGUGGUAGCUCAUGCUGUGAAUGAAAAUAUUGACUCAAUCACAAAAACUGCAGGUCAAGGGCAUUACAUAGGAUGUAUGGCCAAUUUAUCAAUCAAUUCAAAAGUGUAUGGAUUUCAACAAAUGCAACUCAGUCAUAAUCUGAGCACGGUUUGUGGAAAUUUGUCAGAUUGCGCUGAACACUGUCAGAAAACAACCAGCAAAUCAAAAUCUCGUUCCUAUAAUUCCACUCCAGUGUAUGAUGACCAAUAUGUCGAAGUCAGAGGAGUGACGCUAAGAGAAGGGUCAGAGAAGGUUAUCACCACUGACAAUAUUCACGUUCUACUGGAUUACAAGGAACUGAAGAUUCGGGAGUCAGCAAUUCAGUUUGAUUUAAUGCGUUUCCCAAAACAUGGACAUCUUUUAAUUGACCUUGGGAGGAGAAGAAGAAAUAGAGAUGUUUUCACCCUUUUGGAUUUACAGGGUAGAAAAGUGAGGUAUGUUCAUGAUGGAUCAGAAACCACAAGAGAUGAAGUGACCAUGAAUAUGAAAAUAACCACAGACACUUCUAGCAACCUUGCAGAAAUAAAAAAAUCAUAUACUUUCUUAUUACCGUUCUACAUAGAGCCAGUAGAUGAUAAGCCUACCCUGCACUUGCUGAACAACACUCAAAAUGAAGCCACCAUAACAAUGGCUAAAAAUACAAAGCUUAAAAUCACUGAAGCUAUUAUAAAAGUUCUUGACUCAGAUUCUUCACCCUCUGAAUUGGAGAUAUCAGCUGCGUGUGUGUCUCGGAGCAGUGGGGGAUCACCUGGUCACUUUCUAGCAUCAGAAAAACCUGCGAAAGAAAGAACGAAAUUCACGUUUCAAGAAAUUUUAGAUGGCAGAAUCUGGUUUUCAAACUCAGAUUCGUCAUCCUGUUUGCUGACCAUUGGCGGGUAUUCCAAAAGACUGAACAUUGAUGCAGUGUCUCUAUCUCUACAUCUCAACAACAAUGGCAUCAGAGUCACUCAGGGGAGCCAUGUUGCAAUCAGCAGGAAUAAUUUGUUUGUCGUCAAUAAUGUACCAAUCCAAGAGAUAGAAAUCCGAUACAGAAUCACAAAUCCUCCAGAAUUUGGAGAAAUUCAGAGGAGGAUGUAUUCCAAUGAUUCUUGGGAAAGUGUGGAUACCUUUGCCCAGAGACACAUCGAUAACAAUCAGAUAAGAUACAUAAAUAGGGACAAGCAGUACUUGGCGCAGUAUGACAGGUUUUCAUUAGAAGCCUCUGCACUCAACACAACAAUCAAAGGACUUGUGUAUAUUUUUGUUGACAGACUUACUGUUGACAUAGUGGGCAUAAAUAAAGUGACAGUCCAGAAGAGUCCAUUCAAAGUUGUCUCCAAAGAUGAGUUACAGGCAAAAACAAACGAUAAGUGGUACGAUCCAAAAAAUAUCAAGUUUACCAUAUUGAGAAAACCAUAUCGGGGAAAUUUAUAUCGAAUACAUCACAGCAACAUUACUGAUGCAUUAAUUUAUGAAAUGACUCCAUUGACAAGCAAUGACUUCUUCACACAGGAAGAUGUGAACAGUGGGUAUGUUGUUUACCGCCUGCACCGCUUGACUUACGACAGACAAACAGAUUUCAUUGAUUUUAAAGUUGAAGCACCACCCGCUGUUCCCAAACUGAUGCGACUUAAUGUGGAAUUUGUUCCAAGACAGACACAAGUGCGUUUGACUAACAAUGUGUUGGAUACAGUUCUUGAAGGAAAAGAAUCGGUAAUUACGAAAGAUUUUCUCUACCUGGAAACAGAUGACUAUCAAAACUUUGAAUUUGAUGUUGUGGAUUUUCCCAAACAUGGGACUCUAAAGCUUAAAAGUGGAUAUAACAGAUUUUCAUCACUGAAAAUAAAUGAAGUGGCAAGAUUUUCAAAUAAGGACAUAAAAAAUGGUAAGCUCGUAUAUGAACAUGAUGAUUCAGAAAAUGAUCGAGACAGCUUUGCUUUUGUCGCAUCUCCAAUCCUGACAUCUGCAACCUCAUUUCCAGCCAAAGUGAAAGAAUUCAGUGGAAGAUUUCACAUCCGCAUAACCAUGAGAAAUGACAAUCCACCUGUAAGAGAAGUGGAUAAAACUUUUCAGGUUGUAUCGAACAAGGAAAGAAUAAUAUCAUCAGAAGAUCUCAGUUUCUCAGACCCGGAUCUUGAUUUUAAUUCCAUGGAACUAAGAUAUGAAAGAGAGAGUAUUCCAAAUGGUGAAAUAGUUGACAGUGAAGAUGGGAAGGCAGUGUUUAGCUUUACACAAAAAGACAUUGUGGAAGGGAAAAUCAAAUUCCGUCAUGAUGGACAAGAAACUGGCAAUGCUUUGAUGAAGGUUUAUGAUGGGAAUUUCAUUGAGCAUUUUCUUUUCAGCAUCCAAGCAGGGAAACCUUACAUUGCAAUCCUAAAUAACACUGGUGUGUAUGUCCAGGUGGGAGAAGAUGUGGACAUUAGUUCUUACAAUCUCAGUGUUGAAACCAAUGUGAAUGUGAAACCUGAAGAAAUUACUUUUGUAAUAAUUGAGGAACCAUUACACGGAAACCUAAAAGUGAAUGGACAAACUGUGGUGAAAUUCACACAGAAGGACUUAAUGACCGGGAUCUUGACAUACUGCCACACACAUGGAGGAAUGGGUCGAGAUCACUUUAAAUUUGCUGUUGUUGCUGGAGAAGCAAGAAUACAGGAUCAGUUUGCUAUCAAUAUUCUACAGGGCACCCCGUCACAGAUUCCAAGAGUUAUCAACAACAAUGUUGUACAAGUUCAGAGUAUGAAAAGAAGUAUCAUCACGAAAUCUCAUUUACAGAUCUUUAAUUCGCUGACACAACCAUCAUCCAUUGUGUACACCGUACAAAACAAACCAAGAUAUGGAGCAAUUUAUGUGACUUAUGGAUCGACAAGUAGAGAGCAGGACACUUUCACACAAUGGGACAUUAACUCAGGAGUGGUGUCAUAUCAACAUACAGUGAGAGGACACAGAAAUGACUUCUUCACAUUUGAUGUGACAGACAGAGUAACAGGUCAAAGGUUACGUGGACUUACCUUUGGAAUCGAGGUCCUACCACCACCAUUAGACAUUGAAACUAGGAACUUGACCAUCCGAGAGGGAGGAAAGAGACCCUUGUCACCAGCAGAUAUUGUUCUAAAAUUUACUUCACCAACAAAUCUGUCUGUUGUCUUCCAUGUGGUGAGACAACCAAGGCAUGGGCAUUUAGAAUUGAUUGAUAAAAGAAAUGAACCGCUAUCUACUUUCACAAUGGAUGACUUGAGACAAGGCAGGAUUUAUUAUGUACAUGAUGGAAGUGAAUCUGAAUUGGAUGAAAUGGUCAUUAAAGGUCAGAUGGCAGAUAAAGAGGAGACAGAUGACCAGCACUUGUACAUCCACAUUGAAGCUGUGAAUGACGAGGCUCCACAAAUCAUUACCAACAAAGGUCUAACUCUUUGGCAGAGCUCAAUGGCUUUGAUUUCCAAGGAUAUUUUGAAUGCUGAGGACCCUGACACUCCUCCAGAGAGGGUGUGGUACACUGUGACGAAACCCAGUAAUGGGAGAAUGUCUUUCCUCAACAACACAUUUAAAGACAUUACAAGAUUUACCCAGCAUAGUAUCAAUACUGGCCAGGUGGUGUUUGUGCAUGAAGGUGGUAAGAGUGGUUAUUUCUGGUUCCACCUUAGUGAUGGGCAGAACAGCAAUGCAAACCGAAUGCAGUUCCACAUAACAACCAAGAAAUUAAUCCUCUCAAUUAUCAUCAACAAAAAGUUGCAAGUUUACCCUGAGCAGACGCACAUGAUCAGCCAGGCAAAUCUUUUGAGCAGAACAAACAAUCCAAAUCAGACCAAGGAUAUCACCUAUCAUGUGCAAAAGAAACCCAGUAAAGGUCGGCUAGUAACCAGGAUUAAACAACAGGUUCUACCGGUUGUCUCCUUCACCCAGGCUGACAUUAACGAUGGAAAGAUUUAUUAUCAGCAUGAACAUUUCAUGCAGACCACUGAGGACACCGACCAGUUUGUCUUUGAAGUGAACACAGUUUAUGCAGAGACUGUGAAAAACCAAGUUUUCAACAUCGCCAUAUCAUACAGCAGUCAGAGUAACCACGGCAAGAUUCGGAUGAAAGGAUUAACAUUGGCUGAAGGUGACCAAACGAUUCUGUCCCAGUCUAGCCUAGAUAUCUCCACCUAUGUCAGGCAACUGGAAGCCUCUGGGAAAGUUGUGUCUGCAAUGUACUCCUUAGUGACCAUUCCUAAACAUGGUACCUUGUCUUGGAGAGGUGGAGGUGCUCUGAGAGUAGGCAGUAACUUUACCCAAGAAUACAUUAACUUAAAGAGAAUCGCCUAUCACCAUGAUGAUUCAGAGAGUAGGAAUGAUAGUUUCAGUUUUCUGGUAUAUUUGGACAUGAAAUAUGGAUCAAGUGAGGAAAUGCAGAUUUUAGAGGAAACAUUUCCCAUUGAGAUUAACCCUGUGAAUGAUGAACCAUUUUAUUUUUUGCCAGACAAUCCAGUGAUAGAAGUUACUGAGGGAGCUUAUGAAGUAGUGGAUGACAAAGUACUUAAGAUAGUGGAUAAUGACUCUCCACCUGAAAGACUUUGGUAUGAAGUACAAACCCAACCUAACAAUGGAAUUUUAGCAUUCCGAGCUGCCUCAAACAGACCAAUUAAAACCUUUACACAAAAAGAUGUCAAUGAUGGUGAUAUCGUCUUCACGCAGAGUGGACCACCUUUGCCUUCUUUCAUAGAGUUGAACAUAACUGAUGGAAAAUUCCCGAGGCAGUUAGUGACUGUGGCAGUCAGUGUUUUAACCUUGAGUCUAGAUAUGGCAACCAAUGCAGCAAUUUACAUUCCACAAGCUUCCACGUCAGUAUACAUAUCUGGAAGUCAGCUUGAUGUCACAACUAAUGGGGAGAGAAAUAAGAUAUUAUAUACCAUUACUAGGCCUCCAUCCCAUGGACAGAUCUUUGUGAAAUCUUAUCCAGUGACUACUUUUACUCAACAGGAUCUUGAUAAUAAACAUGAAGUCAUGUAUGCCCAGAAUGAUCUCAACUUCCCCAAUGACAGGUUUUACUGUGACAUUUCCUACAUAGGAUCUGAUCUCAUACUAAAAAAUAAAAUGAUCUCAAUCUCGGUGAAACCAUUCGUGAAGCAAAAUCCAGUGCAACUGUCCAAAGAGAACCAAACUGCAAUCACAUUACAUAGUCUUGAUGCACGAGGUCUGGCAAAUCUAACGGGGAGUAUUCCACAUUACAAAAUUAUUCACCAGCCAAAAUUUGGAAUUAUUGUGAAUGUUGUUCGUAGGAAGAGGGAUGUACAAAUAGGGUAUAGGCAGGUGGAGGAAUUCACCCAUAGAGACAUUAAAAACAGAAGAAUCUUCUAUGUUUUCAACCGACCUGUACAGGGCCAAUCAGAAGACAGGAUGACUUAUUUGUUAACUGCCAGAGGAGUACAGCCAGCUCUUGGUGAUGUAGUGUUUAAUCUUCCUAAUGGAAAUGUCAUCAAUGGCUCAAAGGUGGACAGUGGAGGAAGUCGGGAGGUGGUGAGCCCAAGUGUGAGAAAUGAUUUUAUCAUAAUUCUGGCCAUUCUUAUUCCCCUGUGUGUGGUGGUCAUAUUGGGAAUUAUAAUAGUGUACCUUCUGUGGAGAAAGAGGAGAUAUCAAAACUACGAUCGACCUACAGACAUGCAGAAAAACCAGUUGAGACCAGAAAUAUCUGGUCCUAUUCCACUUAAUCAACCCCAUGUUCACAUUGAACCAAAUGAAAAUACAUCAGAUGAUGAACAUUCUUUAGUAUAUGAACAUCACAACUACUACAAUGUUCCCAUGGUAACAAGAAAUGUCUCACAGGACAGUAUCUCUGACUCUCAUGAAUAUAACAACAUAGGAACUGCAUCGUACAGUCAGGCAGAAGUUAGUGCUACUGUUCCAGAGUGCAAGGUCACACCCCUGGGAGACCUCAAUUUGAGAGACUCCAUGGUUUCUCAAUCCAGUGUAGACUUGUUUGAUUGGUCAGUGAUGGAUGACCCUGAACUUUUACAGUAUUGUCGAACCACAGCUCCUGUGCUGAAGGAUAGCCAGUACUGGGUCUAGUCUUGUUGUGAUAUUGUGAUAAAUUUAUUUGUAUUAAUGCACUUUUUGAUGCUUCGUAUUGAUUUUUUUUUUACAUCAGUGUGGCUCAUUCGUGCCUGCAUUAAAAGUACACAGGAUUGGUGAAAAAAAAUUGCAAUGAGAUUCUCAGUGAAUAAUUUUAGCCAGUAUGAUACUUGAUGUCUAGACUUGACCUUAUUCUUCGUCAAAUUGAUUAAAAUAACAGCAUUAUGUAAAAAUUAUCAAUAUAGAGCACUUGUAAAAUGUAUUGAAUUUCACACAUAGGUUGUUUUAAGUACAUGUAUCACUUAUUAGUGAUUAUACAUGGAAUAUAGAUAUACAUGUACAUAAGUCCUUUACAUUCUGGUGAAUUUGGUUAUUGUGUGCUAUUUCAUUUUUACUGUGAGGACCAUUUUUUGCAGAUUUUACAGUUUCAUUGAGAUAUGAUUUUGCGGACAGAUUUUUUUAGGAUUUUUAAUCAUUAUAUGAAUUGUGAAUUUGUUCAGAUUCUAAAUUCAUAGGAAGGGGCUACUCACAAAAUCCAAUAACAGUUAAUAAGUAUUCCACAGUUAUUGGUCUCUGUUUUUUAAUACAUUUCAUUUUAACCCUACCUUUUCAUAGUUGUUCGAUUUGAUUGAGCAAUAUUGCAGUAUCUGUUAUACAUGUUAUAGUAUACUAGUAGGCCUGAAGUUUGUUUUUGAUUGAGCUGUUUGCUGUUUGAUUCCCUUAAACCUGAAAACCGUUUUCUUAUUCAUAAUGAUAUGGUGUAAGCUUGAAUUUUACUUUAAAAUUAAUAAUUUUAUGUGAGGGUCAUACUUUUUUAAAAACUUAUUUUCAUUGUCUUAGCAAUAUGGACAGAUUCACUUUUAUAAAUCCUCAAUGAACAGAAGAAAAUGAACCACUAUGAAAUACACAAGCUCCUUAACUUUGACCGAUUAUUAACAUGUUCAUUCUUCUCAAUUACAAAAUUUUUACUCUCACAAAAGUACCAGUAAAUGACUUUCUAAAUUAGUAUUAAAGAUAAUUUUCUGUGUGAGAAUGAUCCAUGGUGUGUUGAAUCGUGUGUAUUUGCAUUGGUCCAAUAGUUUAACAGAAACCAUGAGAACAAACUCUUAAACAUCAUAAAGUGGACUUAUCAAAGAUAGAACAGUUUUAUUUUAAAAUGAAUAUUGGGUUUUUUUUAAUUAUGCAUACAUUACUCUCACAGUGCUUAAAAUUUAUUUGAAUGGAAGGAAUAAUGUUAAUUUAUUGGAAGCUAAAUUCAAAUGAUUUUCGACCCAUUAUCAUGAUGUUUAGGAGUGAUCACAAUUAUUUACCACAUACAUCAACGUAAUAAUUAUUAGGUCACCUGGGUCACAUGUUUGAAAAUGGUGCACACCAACAUUACUUGUUGUAAAUGCUCGUUUACUCUUGGAUAAUGAAAAACUUGAGUCUAAAAAGCCAAGACCAAAACUUUUAGAAAAUUAACACCUUUGAUUGAGUUGCCCAUUAAAGAGUUUUUGCAUGUUACUCAGGUGACUGUCAAAGUUCAUUGGCCUCAAGUUAAUUUUUGCUAGUUUUAUUGUUGUCCAAAACUGAAAAUAAACUUAAACUGAAUUUAAUCUAGUCAUAACACAAACAGUGUGAAACAGAGAAAAUAAGUUGCCCAUUAAUGAGUUGUUGCAUGUUGCUCAGGUCCAUUGGCCUCAUGUUAAUUUUUUGCUAUUUUACUGUAGUCCAAAACUGAAGAUAAAACAGCACUGAAUUUAAUCUAGUCACAACAUUCAUUGUAGAAUUAUCAUAAACUGCAAAUUUAAAAUGGACAAACAGGGUGAAACAGAGAAAAAUAAUGAGAAGGCCUUUAUGCAGUAUUUACAAACUCUUCAUCCUUAAAUUCUGUGUUUGCUGCUACAGUUCUGUGUAGCGAUUUUUCAUCAAAUUUUAACAUAGCCUUGUAUUUGGUACCAUUUUCAAAUGCCACAAAAAUGUACAUUCCUUUUAGAUUGUAAAUUAAAUGGUACAGUGAAUUUAUGUCCAUAAUUUGUGUUGUGCUAGGAAAAUAUCUAGUAUGUAUGUAUUCAUUGGAAUUAUACAUUUGAAGCAGACUAUUGAGAAUAUUUCAAUAAGUAUCCAUAGCAAUGUCUUAACUAUAAAACUUCAUGUGAUGAGUGGUGUGGUUUUCAGAAUAACUUCUUAUAUACCUAGUUAUUUAAGGAAAUUUAAUUUUCAUAUUACUUUUGUGUGCUUUUUAAGAGAUAAAUUCUAUUGCAAUAUUUUGUUUUAUUGUGCCAAAGGAUUGCUUUCUAAACAGAAAUGUGUCAUAUUAAUGUAUACAAGAACUUCAUUCGAACAUAUUGUUUCAAAUCUUCAAUAUUAUGAAUCUAUUGAUUACAUACUCUAAUAUUCUGACCCGCUAAUGAUGGAAAGGUUUGUCUUUCAUGCAUUGCUGUGCCAAUCAGUUCAUUUUAUCAUUUGUAUGGAUAAUUCUAUGUUUUGUAGUAAUCACUACAAAGCAAUGAACUUUUUCCAGAUGAUAAUUUUAAAGUCCAGUUAAUUCUACCAAAUGAUUUCCUAACAAGAAAUGUUUUACCUUUUAGAAUUACUUUAAUGACUUUAUGAUUUAUAUGCAUAAUACUCAGUAACCAUAAUGUGUAAAUAUUCAGUGCAUUAACUACUUUAGUAGAAGUCUUGUUGUAAUAAAAUGGAUUUUAUAUGGUGUAAGAUAUAGAAUGGUGAAGUGACAAUCCGAAAGACUGGCUCGUGUAAUAUAGAGCAAUAUGAAGCAAAGGUUUGUGCCUAGUUAAUAUACAGUAAAACACAGAUAUAGUGAAAUGCCAUGGACAUCUGAUUUCUCUUCAUAGUUUGUAUAUAUCCAAUGAGUCAUUAUUACUUUAAUCUCUGUAGGGAAGGAAAAUCACUUCAUUACAACCUUUAAUUCACUAUAAGCAUCUUUACUAUGAUUGUGUUUUACUGUAUAUUAAAGAAAAUGAGGUCUUUCUUUACAAGACUUGGUGGCUAUAGAGAAAAAUAAACAUCAACAAUUGUGAAUGGUUUAAUGUGAAACCAUCAUAUACUUGAAAUUAUAUGCAGUUGUCAAUUUUGAGGAAGGAAAUAUUUGUUUUCUUUUUAAAUAGCUGCAUAUAACUUUUAAGAUUGUCAUUUAAUAAAUUAAUAAUGAAUGCUUUGGCAAUAAGAGAAUUAUGUGUCAUGUUUUGGGAGAAUUGUGAGAGAUUUUUGAUGGUGCUUGGUUUAGUAUUUAUGCUUUGUUGACUGAAUUGUUUGGAUAUUGUACAUGAUGUAUAUAUACAAUUCUGUACAUUGUAUAUGAUUGCUGCUUGUUGUUAUAUUUCAUUACAAGUUGACCAUUAUCGCCUGAUAAUAAAUGAAAUCUUUAAAACUUC